GUCCUCGCGAGAGCAGCGGCCUCCGGUGCGGGAUGGCCGCGGAGCCGGGCGGAGCUAGCCCGCGGCUCUGGGGGCCGGCUCUCCGGCCCGAGACAUGGCCCGGGGUCCCGGUCCUCUAGGCCGGUCUCGUCCCGACACGGUCGCCAUGCCCAAGAGAGGAAAACGACUCAAAUUUCGGGCCCACGACGCCUGCUCCGGUCGAGUGACCGUGGCGGAUUAUGCUAACUCGGAUCCGGCAGUCGUGAGGUCUGGACGAGUCAAGAAAGCCGUCGCCAACGCUGUGCAGCAGGAAGUAAAAUCUCUGUGUGGCUUGGAAGCCUCCCAGGUUCCUGCAGAGGAAGCUCUUUCUGGGGCUUGUGAGCCCUGUGACAUCAUCGACAGCAGUGAUGAGAUGGAUGCCCAGGAGGAGAGCAUCCAUGAGAGAACCAUCUCCAGAAAAAAGAAAAGCAAGAGGCACAAAGAAGAACUGGAUGGGGCUGGAGGAGAAGAGUAUCCCAUGGAUAUUUGGCUAUUGCUGGCCUCCUACAUCCGUCCUGAGGACAUUGUGAAUUUUUCCCUGAUUUGUAAGAAUGCCUGGACUGUCACUUGCACUGCUGCCUUUUGGACCAGGUUGUACCGAAGGCACUACACGCUGGACGCUUCUCUGCCUUUGCGCCUGCGACCAGAGUCAAUGGAGAAGCUGCGCUGUCUCCGGGCAUGUGUGAUCCGAUCUUUGUACCAUAUGUAUGAGCCCUUUGCUGCUCGAAUCUCCAAGAAUCCAGCCAUUCCAGAAAGCACUCCCAGCACAUUAAAGAAUUCCAAAUGCUUACUUUUCUGGUGCAGAAAGAUUGUUGGGAACAGACAGGAACCAAUGUGGGAAUUCAACUUCAAGUUCAAAAAACAGUCCCCUAGGUUAAAGAGCAAGUGUAUGGGAGGAUUACAGCCUCCUGUUCAGUAUGAAGAUGUUCAUACCAAUCCAGACCAGGACUGCUGCCUACUGCAGGUCACCACCCUCAAUUUCAUCUUUAUUCCAAUUGUCAUGGGAAUGAUAUUUACCCUGUUUACUAUCAAUGUGAGCACGGACAUGCGGCAUCAUCGAGUGAGACUGGUGUUCCAGGAUUCUCCUGUCCAUGGUGGUCGGAAACUGCGCAGUGAACAGGGUGUGCAAGUCAUUCUGGACCCAGUGCACAGCGUUCGACUCUUUGAUUGGUGGCAUCCUCAGUAUCCAUUCUCCCUGAGAGCAUAGUUUCUGCUUCCCAUCCCUUGGGGCAGCCCGGAGUCUAGUCCAUUAGUAAUCAGAUUCCAGUUUGGAAGGGUUGACUGGAUUGUUAUAUCUGGUUAGUAAUGCACAUGCUCUUCAGGUUCCUGGGGCUCCUGUUAGGGGAGGGAGAAGUUUUGAAUUAAGAAGAAAAACAUCUAUGAUUUAUAAACAUAUUUUAAUGUAAAAAUUUGCAUUUGAAAGGAUUGACCCUGUUUUCUGUGUUAAAACCCCAUUUGGUGCUAUUGAGUUGUUUGUUCUUUUUUCUUUUAUCCCAGCAAAAAUGGUUGAUCUUGCUUUAGGGGAAAAUUAAACUCCUAAAUCUCCAAACAAGGAAGUUUCAGCAUUCCCUUAAAGAUCAGAGGAAACUUAGAGGCCUAAAAUCAUUGCUACUGUUGCUUCCAAUUUAGCUGACCCUCAAAUUCAAUUGAGUAUUUUCUCUUCUCCCAUUACCCUUCUCCAGAAAUAAAGCAGGUGACAGGGUUUUAAGAAUCUUAUCAGAUUGACUUGUGUAUCUUUUUUAAAAAAUAAUUUUUGGAUAUUUAUUGUAUACAUAUUAUUUUGCCAGUUUGGGAUCUUAGGUAUUUUUUUGCAUGAGGCUCAUAGUGGUAAUGAUGAUUCUGUGCCCAUGGUACUGUUCUAGGAACUUUAUGUAGUACCUCUACUUCUCAAAAUCUUGCAAGGUAGGUGAUAUCAUUCCCAUUUUAUGGUUGAGAAAACAGAAUCAGUGACUGUACUCAUAACACUAGUAAAUGCAGAACCAGGAUUCUGACCCAGGUUUUUUUGUUACACUACAAUUUAAAAAGAUCAGUCUCAUUUUUCUUGUGGUGGAUGGUGGUAAAAGGGAAUAGGCAGAGUGUACAUAGAUACAAAAGUGAGAGUGAGUAAAAACCUGAUUGUGGUAUACCUUAUCCUAAUCAGCCUAAAAAGUACGAUUGAUUAAAGAGUCUAUUAAAUCUGUGUUUCUAUGUAAAACACACCAGGAAAAUUAUUUCAUAAAGGAUAGUGGCACUUUCAUUGAAUUGUUAAAAAGGCAUUUAUUAGAAAGGUCAUUAAAACAAAUGCAUUGCAUGUUGAAACCAGCCUCUUGAACCAUAAGCACUUAGUGACUUAGCCCUGUAAUCUACUGCUUCUGCUGUCAUCCUGUGUAUCUACAGAAGCCUGGCCUUUUGUCCAUGCAGAAAUGCUAAUGUCCUCCUGUUGGUCAAAUGAUAUUGCUGUUCUCUGAGAUGAGGAUCAUGGGUGUUUUUUGUUUUGCUAAGAAGAUAACCUUGCUGCUUGUCUCUCUUUCUACCCCCAGCCCCUCCAUUAACCAGUGAGCUGGAUAUUGCCAGAAGGUGGGCAUUAAGACAGUAUUCUUCAAAGAUGAAAAUCUUGUGAGGGAAGUUUUUGUGAGCCAAUCUGCUAAAUUAGUGUGGUGUUUUUCCUUACUAUUUUCCCCACCCCUUGCUAUUUAAAGAAUAUUCCUAGGAGCCAUCUGCUUAAUACUGCUGCUAACAGCUAACCUUACCCUACCUUGAGGGUGGUAUUAAAGCUGUUCACACACAGAGUGAGCCUGGGCCAGUGAAAAACAGAAUUUGGGUAUUUAAGUUGAUAACAAUAAGCACCUUGCAAACCUCUACAAUUAAAAGUUGUCUCUUUGAGGCAGGAGGAGAGAAGCACAGAGUCGCUAACUCAAGAUGCCAUGGAGCAGGAGAGAGUUGUCCUGGUGCAUUGUGUGUCCCCCAUUUAGGAGUUACCUUUUAAAAGGGGGUGAAAUAAAUUUGGCUUAAUAAUUGU